GGCUAAGUUAGAAAGUUGAGUAUAACCAACUGUCUUCCAUGGCUUGUUGGUAGUGCUUGACAAAAGGUUUUCGUCAUAAGCAAUCACUGGCACCAAGGCUUAUACGGGUGCCAAGUUGUUGCACAAUUAAUCGUGUUCAGUCCGCAAACGAAGCAGAAGGAUGUGUUGUGAUCGAAUGCGAGGCGAUCGAAUCUAGAUUGCUCUAUUUCACUAAACCGGUCAGCAGAUCAGUGAGAACGACCAGAGCACCCCUCUCCUAACUUACACUGGAGUUGGCUCCCGGGUCAAACAUCUGUCCUCCCAGCUAUAAAGACAGCGAGAAAGCAUCGAAAGAAACAUUCACCGAUUUUCCUUAUAUCUCCACAUCUCUUACUAUUCGUUCACUUCUCCUUCUGCUCAACAUCAAAUUCUGCUCAGUGCUAUUCUUGCUUCAUCAGAGUCACGUUAUCUUAUCAUGGCAGAAAACAACACGUCUGUCAUCACGAUCAAUGGAAACCAAUUGGACCCUGCGGCACAACGUCCGUUACUCAGUGCGUUGGGACUUCAGCCGGAGAAUGCAUCAACCUCAAACCAUAUCCUGGUGCAGACCAAGCAGCCUCUUUCCAAUGAGCAGGAACUGGAGCUCAAGGAAAUAGGUGUCAAGAUUCUGGAGUAUGUCUCCACGAACACCUACAUGUGUGAGUUGAGUAAGCGAGACAAACUUUCGGACAUCAAUGACCUCGACUAUGUCUCUUGGGUAAAUGAUUACUUGGAUCAUUUCGUGGUUGAUUCAAGCUUGAAGUCUUCCGACUAUGUGGCGGACCAGUCACCUUUCCCGACCGUGCCCAAAAAUCGUUCUUCUCAUCUCGUGGACAUUGGCCUGCACAAGCACGUGGAUCCCGACGCACCAGCUCUUCGAGAGAAAAUCGGGGCCGUUGCCCAUGCCGACCCGGAUGUUUUGGAGGUGGCAGGGAAUAAGAUCCGGGUUCAUGUCGAAAACCAAUACCUGGAUGAUCUUGCUGCCGUCGACGAGGUCCGAGUCAUUGAGCCAGUUCAUAAGCCUCGACUGUUCAACAAUCGGGCGAGGGCAAUCAUGGGGGCUCCUGUCCAAGUCAAUGGCACCGAAUUUCGAGGUGACGGUGAGUUCGUAGCAGUAGCCGAUACCGGUUUCGAUAUUGGCCGGAAGGAUGACGUUCACCCUGCGUUUACCGACCGAGUCAGUCGUCUUUACGCCCUAGGGCGUCCCGGGAAAUCCUGUGAUCCCGAUGGCCACGGAACUCAUGUUUGUGGAUCGGUUCUUGGAGAUGGGAAUUCUGCUUUGAUGGGCGGGGACAUUCGCGGCACUGCACCGGGGGCCAAGCUCGUGCUGCAAUCUCUUCUCGACCGUCGCAAUGGACUCGGCGGGAUCCCAUCUAAUUUGUACAAUCUUUUCUUGCCGCCGUACCGGGACGAUCAAGCUCAACCAGAUGAUAAAGCCCCAGCUCGUAUCCAUACGAACUCAUGGGGUUCUUCUGCCUUCAACGGGGGCCAGCUGCCAUAUAACCAGUCCAGUGAGGCCAUCGAUCGAUUUGUCUGGGAUCACAAAGACAUGGUGAUUCUUUUCGCCGCCGGUAACAGCGGGGUGGAUGCAGACCGAAAUGGAGUUAUCGACCCCCAGCAGAUCGGGGCCGAAGGAGCCGCCAAGAACUGCAUCACAGUGGGAGCGAGUGAGAAUGGACGCCCGGAAAUCCCGAUUCGAUAUGGUUCUCGAUGGCCUCGAGGUCCCAUUACGACAGAUUUGAUGGCGGAUCGACCGGACGGCAUGGCAGCCUUCAGCAGCCGCGGUCCCACCAAGCAAGAGCGCAUCAAACCCGACAUUGUCGCGCCAGGGACUGCAAUUUUAUCGACCCGGUCCCGGAAAGUGAUCAAUGCGGAGGACAGCUUUGGGCAUAGCGAUGAUCCGGCGUGGUGGUUUCUGGCUGGGACGAGUAUGGCGACCCCUCUUGUGGCGGGCGGUGCUGCGGUGCUGCGAGAGUCUUUGGUGAAGAAUGAAACCCCGCAGCCCACGGCAGCCCUGAUCAAGGCGUUGCUAAUCAACGGAGCGGUCGAGCUUACUGGGCAGUAUAUCCCAAGUGAAGCCGGGCCAUCCCCGAACGGCAGCAGUGGCUUUGGGCGCGUAAAUCUGACCAAGUCCGUAAUCCUUCCCAGCCAGGACGACGGAGGCUUUAUCGAAGGGGAGGCCCUUGCUCAAGGCCAGCACAAAGAUAUCGACGUCAAUAUCCCGCAAGGAACGGAGAGUUCGGAUCUCAAGGUCACCCUGGUCUGGACAGACCCCCCGGGCACGGAGCUCCAGAAUGAUCUGGACCUGAUUGUGAUUGGUCCGGAUGGAAAGGAAAAGCACGGGAAUAUGGGGGAUGGCUCUGGCUUUGACCGAAAGAACAAUGUCGAGCAGGUCGUAUGGAAGGGACUGCAGCCCGGUUCCAGCAUCAAGGUCAGAGUGUAUGCCUUUCAUAUCUUCCAACGCGAUCACAACCAGCCCUAUGCAGUGGUUUGGACUAUCAACCGUCACUAGAUGGUCAAGCCGAAGGGUCUUGCUUCUUCUUUCGGACUUUUUUUCUCGGGCUUUAUUACUUUAUUUUCUUGAGCAAGCUUUUUGCCAACAUUCUCCAAAAGUUGGACAUGAUUCACAGGAGCGGGGAUGAGCGGGGAUGAGCGGCGAAGAAAAGCAGGAGCUUCAAAAGGGAAAUGAAUCUGGGAAAAUUGGUGUGAAAUUAGUCUUAGUGUCUACUUGGACAUUAUUUCAAUCGCAACAGUAGCUGUUGAUUGCAUAUUACUGCCUCAGUGUCAUUCUUCCCUUUGCACCUAUGUCUUCGACAACUCGUGGAGUCUGUAGGAAUCUAUCCUAAAACUCUCGGUGCGCAAGGGAUUUCCACAUUACCUGGCCCUACACAAAUC